UUUUAGAUAGGCAAUACUGAUAGUUUCCCUUUUCUGGUUUUGCGUUGAAGCUGAAACCAUGCCGCUCGCAAUUGACUUAUUGCACCCAUCCCCAGCGUCGGAGAGAAGGAAGCACAAGCUUAAAAGGCUAGUGCCCCACCCUAACUCAUAUUUCAUGGAUGUGAAGUGCCCUGGAUGUUACAAAAUUACCACUGUAUUCAGCCAUGCACAGAGAGUCGUCGUUUGCGCAGGAUGCUCAACGAUUCUUUGCCAGCCCACAGGUGGUCGUGCGAGACUAACUGAAGGGUGUUCAUUUAGAAGAAAACAACACUAAGCCGCCUGGAGAGAGAGCCCUAAUUUAAGAUUGCAUUUUUUUUCUGAAAGUAUGAAUAUUUUUCUUAUUCAUCUUAUUUGUUAAAGCAUUAUAAAUAAAGGCUUUUUCAAAGGGUAACUGAGUU